AUGGCCACAAACUCCCGCUGGACCGUUUUGCAAGUACGAACUGAGUUGCACUUAGCGGUACCCUUGAAAGUGGAACAAGCAAACAAUGCUCGUGAUGCCUUGGCUAAAACAGUGUAUAGUCAUCUGUUUGACCAUGUAGUGAACAGGGUAAACCAGUGUUUUCCAUUUGAGACUUCUUCUUCCUUCAUUGGAGUUCUAGAUAUAGCUGGUUUUGAAUACUUUGAACACAACAGUUUUGAACAAUUCUGUAUUAAUUACUGUAAUGAAAAACUGCAGCAGUUUUUUAAUGAAAGGAUUCUGAAAGAGGAACAAGAACUUUACCAAAAAGAAGGCCUGGGGGUUAAUGAAGUGCGCUAUGUAGAUAAUCAGGACUGUAUAGAUUUGAUUGAAGCAAAAUUAAUAGGGGUACUGGAUAUUCUGGAUGAAGAAAAUCGUCUUCCCCAACCAAGUGACCAGCAUUUUACUUCAGUUGUGCACCAAAAACACAAGGACCAUUUCAGACUCUCUAUUCCUAGAAAGUCUAAAUUGGCUGUUCACAGAAAUAUCAGAGAUGAUGAAGGCUUUAUUAUCCGACAUUUUGCAGGAGCAGUAUGCUAUGAGACGAUGCAAUUUGUGGAAAAAAACAAUGAUGCUUUGCACAUGUCCCUUGAAUCUCUUAUAUGUGAAUCCAAGGACAAGUUUGUUCGACAGCUAUUUGAAUCUAACACUAACAACAACAAGGAUCCCAAACAAAAAGCUGGGAAACUUAGUUUCAUCAGUGUGGGAAACAAAUUCAAGACUCAGUUAAAUUUGCUUCUUGAGAAGCUUCACAGUACUGGGUCUAGCUUUAUUCGCUGUAUCAAACCUAAUUUAAAGAUGACAAAUCACCAUUUUGAAGGAGGACAGAUCCUCUCUCAGCUUCAGUGUUCAGGAAUGGUGUCUGUUCUGGAUUUGAUGCAAGGUGGUUUCCCUUCACGAGCUUCAUUUCAUGAACUGUAUAAUAUGUACAAGAAAUACUUGCCUGAAAAAUUGGCUCGACUGGAUCCUAGGCUCUUUUGCAAGGCACUAUUUAGAGCCUUGGGACUGAAUGAAAAUGAUUACAAAUUCGGGUUAACCAAGGUGUUUUUCAGACCUGGCAAGUUUGCAGAGUUUGAUCAGAUAAUGAAGUCUGAUCCGGAUCACUUAGCAGAGCUAGUUAAACGAGUGAAUCACUGGCUUAUCUGCAGUCGCUGGAAAAAAGUUCAGUGGUGUUCUCUUUCAGUGAUUAAAUUGAAAAAUAAGAUAAAAUAUCGAGCCAGUGCCUGCAUUAAAAUACAAAAGACUAUUCGUAUGUGGCUUUGCAAGAGAAAGCACAAACCACGCAUUGAUGGCCUGAUAAAAGUGCGUACGCUGAAGAAGAGACUUGAUAAAUUUAACGAAGUAGUAAGUGCUCUGAAGGAGGGGAAGGCAGAGACAAGCAAGCAGGUCAAGGAGCUGGAGUAUUCUAUUGAUGCUUCAAUGACAAAAAUCAAGACCACUAUAAUGACUAGGGAACAGAUACAGAAAGAAUAUGACGCUCUAGUUAGAAGCUCAGAGCAGCUUCUGAGUGCACUGCAAAAGAAGAAACAGCAAGAGGAGGAAGCAGAGAGGCUACGACGCAUCCAGGAGGAAAUGGAAAAAGAAAGAAAGAGACGUGAAGAGGAAGAGCAGCAACGAAGAAAGGAAGAAGAGGAAAGACGUCUGAAAGCUGAGAUUGAGGCGAAGAGAAAACAGGAAGAGGAAGAGAGGAAAAAGAGGGAAGAGGAAGAAAAGCGUAUUCAGGCUGAAAUUGAGGCUCAGCUAGCUAGAGAACGAGAAGAGGAAACCCAGCACCAGGCGGUUCUUGAACAGGAGCGUCGUGAUCGUGAGCUUGCAAUGAGAAUUGCCCAGAGUGAGGCAGAACUCAUCAGUGAUGAGGCUCAGCUUGAUUUAGGAUUGCGCAG